AUGGCUGCUGCCUUCAUUGCAGUUCUUGGCUUCGCAGCGGGUAUGGUCAGAUAUUACACCGUCAGCAGAGAUCAGUUCGCCCAACCUUCAGAGGCAGCUUCUGUCAUUAAAGUCACCCUUGGCCUUGAUGUCACGGGUGGUCUCCACCUAGCCGGGGGAGAUCUGCCGGAUGUGCGCAUGUGGAACGAGAAUGGCGAUUUUCUCGGAAUCGAGGCUGACCCUGGCUUCACGUGCGGCUACGACUGGUACCACUCCAACGUAUUCAUCAGGGGCACCACCCACCAGCCGUCCUGCCUGUGGAUCGACAAAGAUGGCCACCGGCCCCAUACGGCCUUUCAAAUCCACUGGCCCGACUUUGUCGCCUGGGACGAAGAUGCCACCCCGCCCAUGAAGAACGAGACAUCAUACUACUGCAACACCCCGGCAUUCAAGGGCAGCAGCACUAACACAACAUCUGGUACAAUUACAACCACGACUACGGCCCGCUUUGACAGGAUUCUCGUAUCGACCUCCCGCCAGGCUCAAUCGGCCAGCUACCUGUGCGAGAGCCCGUCCUCACGGGGCCCGGAAAACAGCCAUGAGAGGCUGUUCUGCCGCAUGUCUGAUAAGACGCUGUGGCCGUUCUGUGAUGCGGCCAUCGGUGUCACGGACAACUGUUUCGAUGCCGACCGCUCGCAGCAGCUCAUAAUCGGGGGCAGGGCGGCGCGGAGUUAA